AUGGAAGGUAGCGCUUCCGCGGCCGUGCCUUGCACUAGCUCAGCUACAACGGGGAACGCACGCUACGUGGAGGACAACGUUGGUGACAGCGCUGAUGAGGAUGAGCAACUGGACUCGAUUUGCCAGCAGCUAGAUUUUGGGGACUACGACGAAGUUGAGAUCAACGUGGGUGUAGAUCACGGUGCUUUAGAGUUGGUGGAGGCUACCGUAGCGAAGUAUGUGUCGAUGGGGUUCUACGAUUCGCUACAGGAGGCGACCGUGGCACUACAGCAGCACAAUGAGUUUGAAUACACCUACAAAACUCGGUACACCUCCAAAAAUGUCACUGGGACUGAGUUCAAAUGUCGCUCGCAUGCUAUGUGCCCCAGUCGCCUCAAAAUUGUUGAGCGGAAACUUGGAGCUAACUUAGUUCGAUACGAGUUGUUGCAGAAGGGUGAGCACGGUGAUGCUUCUGUCUCGCGCACGCGGCAUGGUAUUGCAGCUGUUCACAAGUCUGAAAUUGACUCACUAUUGGGUUAG